AUGGAGAUGGAGCAUAUGCUCCUCUCCCGCAACGGCGUCUCUGUCGGAGGAGGGGACGAUCGCCCAUCCUUCUACAAGGCCGUCGGCAUCGGCCUGGCCAUCGGGUCGGGCUGCUUCAUCGGCGUGUCGUUCGUCAUGAAGAAGGUCGGGCUGCUGCGCGCCAACGAAAAGUACAACGAGGUGGCCGGCGAGGGGUACGGCUACCUGCGCAACGGCUACUGGUGGGGGGGCAUGACGCUCAUGAUCCUGGGCGAGAUAUGCAACUUUGUCGCCUACGCCUUCACCGACGCCAUCCUCGUCACGCCCCUCGGCGCCCUGUCGGUCGUCAUCACCACCGUCCUGUCGGCCAUCUUCCUCAAGGAGCGGCUCAGCAUGGUCGGCAAGGUCUCGUGCUUCCUCUGCAUCGUCGGCUCCGUCAUCAUCGUCAUGAAUGCGCCCGAGUCGUCGGCGGUGAAGGACAUACAGGAGAUGCAGAAGUACGUCAUCACGCCCGGCUUCCUGACAUACUCGGGCGUCAUCAUCGUCGGGUCCGGCGUCGCCGCCUUCUGGGCGGGUCCCAGGUGGGGGAACCGCAACAUGCUCGUCUACAUCUCCAUCUGCAGCUGGGUCGGCGGGCUCAGCGUCGUCGCGACGCAGGGCCUGGGUUCCGCCAUCAUCGCCUGGAUCGGCGGCGAGCCUCAGUACAAGCAGUGGUUCCUCUGGGUGCUGUUCGUCUUCGUCAUCGCCACCCUCCUCACCGAGAUCAUCUUCCUCAACAAAGCCCUCAACAUCUUCAACGCCGCCCUCGUCACGCCCACCUACUACGUCUACUUCACGAGCACGACGAUCAUCACGUCGGCCGUGCUGUUCCAGGGCUUCAAGGGGACAACCUCGCAGAUCGUCACCAUGGUCCUCGGCUUCCUCACCAUCUGCUCGGGCGUCGUGCUGCUCCAGCUGUCCAAGGCGGCCAAGGACGUGCCCGACGCCGCCGUCUUCCAGGGCGACCUGGACCAGAUCCAGACGAUAGCGGAGCAGGAGCAGCCGGAGUCGGAGCCCAAGGCCGACGCGAUCCGCGGCGCGGCCGGCCUGGUCCGGCGCUUCUCGCGCGCCCGCCUCAGGAUGGAGGAGGACGAGCUGCGCCGCCUGCACGAGGAGAAGAAGAUGAUGGAGACGAUGCAGGCCAUCGACGAGCACGGGCACCCGAUCGAGCCCGAGUACGAGUGGGACGGGCUCAGACGGCGACGGACGACGACCUUUAGCAGCGCGCGCCGACCCCCGACGGCCGCCAGCGCCACCCUGUCCAACCGGUCGCUGGCGUCGCCCCUGCCGCCGCUGACGUCGAUGACGCCGAGCAUCCGCAGCCCGCGGAGCCCCCACCCGCCGCUGGGGAUGUCUCGCUUCCCGGACGACUACGAUCACGAAGGGUCUGAGCGGGGGCACCGUCAGCAUCACGACGACGACCGCAGCAUCUUCUCCAGCAUAACGGGCAGCUUCAUCCGCCACGGCAGCCGCGGCCGCUCCCGCACGGCCACCACCAUGCCCCCCUACGACGAAGAGGACGGGCCGGACGGCGGCGGGGUGGACAAGGGCGACGCCGACGCGGCGGUCUACCUAGAAGAGAUGUCCCACCAGCGCCCGCACCCGACGUCCUACGGCCACGGCCACGGCCACGUCCACGGCCACGGCGGCUACGGAUACGCCCCCGCCUACCAGCGCGAGAUACCGGCCCCCCUCUACGACCAGGACACGUCAUACCGAGGCGGCAGCUUCAACCCCGCCCGCGCAGCACGCACGAGGUCGCGCUCCAACGUCAGCAGAUCCAGCCUGUCGCCGCCCACGCCCCCGCCGCACAUGGCCCAACGGAAUUUCUCUUUCAACAAGGUCUUCCGGAGGGCUCAUGACCCGCCUACCGAGGAGGAGCGUGCCGGCCUGGUGAUUGACGACGGUGGCGAUGGAGGAGCCGUGUCGGAUCAGGAUCAGGAUCAGGAUCAAGAUGGGCUGAAUGAUGAUGGUAGAAGAGGAGGAGGAGGAGGAGGAGGAGGAGGAGGCGGUCAUGUGGCUUUUGUAUAA